CACCACCUGUGCUGAUCAACAGUGGUCUAUUGUCUGCGCGUGCGUGAGAACUCGCUGGUUAACAUUCUGGCUCGCUAACAAGUGUUGUUGUAGAAUUUUUAACAUGUCAAAUGAUUAUGUUUCUGACCGGCAACACAAUUAUUACUAUUAUUAUUUUCAUCAUCAUCAUUAUAUAUUAUAUUAGAGAGGAUCCUUUAACAAAUUACUGUACGGUGGCUGGAGCCAAUCACAGAACAUUAAGACCAACCUACGAUCACGUUUAACGGAUGGAAGUCUCAAUGCCUGCAUGAAGCUUAACCUCACGACGUAUCACCCAGACUACAAAGCCACCAGCAGAACCAUUCAGCACCAUAAGUCGCAUUAAUGCUGAUACCGAGCCGACUCUACACCGUGUGAACCCACACCUGGACUCCUGGAGAUAACAACAUGAAACCAACUGGGACUUGCAUCUCACUACAGAGGCAGCAUGGUGGUGCAGUGGUUAGCACUGUUGCCUCACACCUCUGGGACCAGGGUUCGAGUCUCCGCCUGGGUUACAUGUGUGCGGAGUUUGCAUAUUCUCCCCAUGUCGUUGUGGGGUUUCUUCCGAGUACUCCAUUUUCCCCCCACGGUCCAAAAAACAUGCUGAGGCUAACUGGAGUUGCUAAAUUGCCCAUAGGUGUGCAUGUGUGAGUGACUGGUGUGUGAGUGUGCCCUGUGACAGUAGGAUAAGCGGUUUGGAAAAUGGAUGGAAUCUCAAUAUAAAUGCAGUUUCAUGCUCCCUGGUUGCCCAGAGGAGGAUGGGGUACCCUUCCGAGUCUAGGUUCCCCUCAAGGUUUCUCCUUGCCAUUGUCGCCUCAGGCUUGCUUGCUGGGGUUCUGGCCGGUUAAAUGUAAAGUGCUUUGUGACAAUGACUGUUGUUAAAAGUGCUAUAUAAAUAAAAUUGAAUUAAAAGUAUCUGGCAGGACAGAAAGUUAAAUCACAAUUUCUCAAUGAUCCAAACUUUAUCUAGAUAGCACGGAUCUAACUCUACUUAUAAGUACAAUGGCGAUAAUGGUGACUUCGAAGCUGCUGCUGCAGAAAUCGCAGGGGGAGUUUUAGAAGUUGGAUUUUUCGAGGGGUUGUGAUAUUCCCCUUUGAUAUGGGAAACCGCAUUGAGUACAAUGUGGGCAUAAAGUGACGUACUGUUUGGGGAGUUAGUGCCCCCUGGACGCGCCUCCGCGUUGCCCCUUCCUCCCUAUCAGACAGUCCUGAGGGAACAUGAGCCGCACCUCUCACUGGACAUCAUUAGCCCUCAGUUAGCCCCUUUGGGGGCGUGUUUGUCCGGCUACUUCCCCUGCUGGACGCAUAUUACCUGCAAAAGUAUUAGGGUCAAAUGCAGUUGAUCUCUGAAUGAUUCUGCACGGAGAGGUACCACAGGAAGCUUGUUAUAUUUAACAUCUGCUUCAGUUCAAUUAAUAAAUCUUCUGCUUCCUGGAUGCCCAAGAUAGGGCUUUUUCUAGACUUGUUCAGAGUUGGUAUAUAAAUCUACCAUAACAUCACAUGUUUAAAACGAAAUAUUCGUUUUAUUUAGAGGAAAUAAUUAGUUUUCAGCGCAGGCCGAGGCAAAAAUAAUCCGAUAAGAAAUUACCUUUUUUUUAUUCCAAAAUUUUUGAAUCUUUGAACCAUAAUCUGGUUAUAUCACAAUUUUGUUCGUAGAUCUGAAUCAACGAACAGGUGCUGCUCUUCAUUACGGAGAAGGGUAUAUGAAAUAUAUUAUAAAAAACGGAGUAUAUUCUAGCCGGUAACCUGCUGUAACUUUAUACUACCGACACAGAAACGAAAAGAGUAAAGUUUACUAGAUUGAUACACUUUACCUUUUGCAGGAUUUCACCUACGUAACAAUAGUGCCUUCGGAUACAGGGAAGGGUUUGUCCUGCGAGAGAGAAGGCGAGGUGCUCCGUUUCAAGAUACAAAAAAAAAUAAUGAAUAACUUCGAUCACAGCAUUUCAACCGUUUUUAUUCAUUAUAUCGCUCUUGGGUUCAUUGUAAUGCCCGAUGCCGAAGCAAGGCCAACAUUUUUACAGGACAUUAUUCGUUUGUAUGGUCAAAAUGACACGUUUUCAGUUGAAAGUCUGGAGAGUAUCUUGGAAAUAAUGAAAAGGGGAAGAGGAACUUACGAACUGAAGGAUGAUCAAAACUCCCUGGUAAAUUCAAAGUGUCUUUCAGCCACAGAGGUUUUGUCCCAAUAUGAUCUUAUCAACCACACUGAGCUGAGUGUGGAACAUCUGCAGCACAUCUGCCCGGCUCUCCUUCACCAGGGGGUGCUGUCUGCUUGCCCCGACUCUGUCCCACAUAAGCAUGUGGACUACAAAGUGUGGGGCUAUGCUUUCCUGGCAGUGACUGUCAUCAACCUGUCCUCCCUGAUGGGCUUGCUGGUCACCCCCUUCACGGCAAAGCCCUGCUUUCCAAAGCUGCUCACCUACUUCAUGGGCCUGGCCAUCGGGACACUGUUCUCCAAUGCAGUGCUGCAGCUCAUCCCUGAGGCUCUGGGGUUUGACCCCAAAGCUGAUGACUACAUUCUCAAAGCCAUUGGGAUAUUUGGAGGAUUCUAUCUGCUUUUCAUUACUGAGAGAAUGCUAAAAUUGGUCCUAAAAACCAAUCAUGAGCAUGGUCAAAGCCAUUUUGGCCCUACGCAACAGACCCCAGCAACCCCCCUGCCGAAAGUGGAUGUGAUGGCCAGGGGCGAGGUGGCCGCUGCCUGCAGCACCAUCAGCAUUGACAGCCUGGCCAGCAGCAGGGCCAGUAUCAUCUCCGACGCUCCCGCCCAGCAGGAGAUGCAGGUGUCCAACGGCCACUGCUGCUGGCUGCGAGGCCCGCCCAUGCACAAAAUUAAGACAGUGGCGUGGAUGAUCUCGCUGAGCGAUGCGAUACACAACUUCAUCGAUGGCCUGGUCAUUGGAGCAUCGUUUACCGUGUCUGUGCUCACUGGCUUCAGCAACUCCAUCGCCAUUAUCUGUGAGGAGUUCCCGCAUGAGCUGGGUGACUUUGUGAUCCUGCUGAAUGCAGGCAUGAGUAUCCCGCAGGCCGUCUUCUUCAACGUGUUGUCAGCCAUGUCCUGCUAUGUGGGCCUGGUGUUGGGGGUCCUGGUGGGCAGUAGCUUCGCCCCAAAUAUCAUCUUCGCUGUUGCCGGGGGCAUGUUUCUCUACAUCUCGCUAGCCGAUAUGUUCCCCGAGAUGAACAGUAUCCUGAAGGAGCAGGAGGGUUCCACCAGCAACGCCUUGCUGUUCUUCCUGAUCCAGAACGCUGGCCUGCUCAGCGGCUUCUCCAUCAUCCUGCUCAUCACCAUGUUUGCUGGGGAUAUCAGCCUGGGGAUCUUAUCAUCCGAGGUGCUACUAUCAUCUAACCCACGGAGCAACACUGCUGGUGAGAGAUAUCGGAUGAGAAUGAAAGCAUGCAGACCUUUGACUGAACUGUCUGUUACUGAAUGAGGAAUAAAGUCAAUCAUUGGCCAAA